AUGUCGAAGUGUAUUUACAAGUUUAAUUGGUGCGGUAGUGCAGGUGAAGUCAUAUUGACCGGGACGUUUGAUAACUGGGGACAGAGUAUAACAUUGGAUAAGAUUAACGAUGAGUUAUUCUCCAAGAAACUGGAGUUUCCAAAAGAGAAAGCCGCAUUGGAUGGCAAGAUUUUCUUCAAAUUUAUAGUUGAUGGAGAAUGGAAGACCAGUGGUAAUUAUAACGUGGAGACUGAUGAUAAGGGCAAUCUCAACAAUUUUCUUUUGGUAGAAGACUUGACUAAACAGAAAAUCAAGAUUAAGAGAAGAUUCAGAAGAAAUAAGGCUACGGGAGAAAAGGAAUUGUUGGUAACAGAGACUUACAGGCUGGAUGAAGAUGAUAAUGUCGUGGAAUUAAUAGAAUCUAUUGACCAUUUGAAAUUACAAAAAGAUAAAGAAAGCGGCAGUAAUAACGACGGCUCCGUCAGAAUCGCAGAAUUGUAUGAAAUCAAAUAUGAUGACGAGUCUGAUCAAUCAUCCGACGACAAUAAUAGUGGAUUAGUUAAAGAACCAAAAGUCGUAAAUGAAAAUAAAGCUAAAGAAGAAGAACCCAAAAAGGAAUCAGUCAAGAAAGUGAAACAAGAAGCAAAGAAAGAGAAAAAAUCAACUCCACAGGAGAAAAAAUCACCGGAUAAGAAAGGCUUGAUGAAGAAAGUCAAAAAAAUCUUUAAUUAA